AUUGUAUAAUCUGCAAAUUCGUAAUGAACAAACACCUCAAACUUUCUGUUCGAUCGGCGAGGAUUACGGUUUCGGGCGAAAUAUUGCUUUUAGGGUAAUUAAGUUCCACUAAGGAAGAACUGAAUAAGAACCUAUUGAUUAUACGUUUGGUGUUCUGUUAAAAGUUAUUAGUACAUCAUUUAAGGAGGCGACAAGAGCAGUCCAAAGUGAUGAAGAUGAAGAGAAGUAGUUUCUCUUCUCUAGCUCUUUCGGACCCUUUCGAAUUCGUACUUUUCAUGGCACAAAUCAAAAGCUUCGUAAAAAUACUUUCCAUUCUCUUUGGAUUCGAGGGCGUAAAUAUGUCGUGAAGGUGCAAAAAAAGUCAGCUAACAUUCUCGGAAAGCCCAUAUCAUCUUGGAAAUAGCAGCAACAAGAUCCUGUUAAAACGUUUGAUAAUCCUUCACAUUAACUAAAUACUCAAGAUCUCUGGCACGGUUCUCCUGGUACGGCCCUUAUGACCGGAAAAUACCCCCGGAAGGUGCUGCCAUAUAUGGGCUAUAUAGCUAUGUGUCGCGGGAUAGAGUGGGGUUUUUUUCAGUCGAUCCUUAAAUAGGGUGUCAUUUUUACCCCUGUUGGCAUUGUGUUCCCGGUGUGAUCCUUAGAUAGGAUACCUAACUUAUGUCAAGUAAAAUUGCGGGGCGUCAAUGCCCGGCUAAAAGUAAAUGAUCUGUUAAAACUAAACUAUUCGUAUACUUCCAAUGUUACAGAAACGAAAUAAAGUUAAACCUUCCAAGUCAUUCUUAGAUUUUGGUUCUUUUUUUCCCUUCUGUAGGGUGUCAUUUUUCGGGCUUCCGCCUUAAAUAGAGUCUCAUUUUUCACGCGUCCUUCACUCUUAAAUAGGGUCAGGGCUUAAGACCCUUUGCGGCACACACCUAUCCAAAAUUUGCGGAGGUACACCCCCCCCCCCCCGGGAAAUAACCUAAAUAUUUAUGUUUUGAAGGCAAUGAGACCAACUCUUACAUGCCACUAAUCACAAACUGUUUCCUUAAGAUGGCUGGUUUUUUAGAUGGUAUUGGAAAGGUGUUGGGAGAUGCUGGAGGGGCGAUUAACGAAGUUGUCGUCAGACCUGUAGGCGAUGCAGCCGAAGCUCUAGGCGGAAUGCUGGUAGAUGCUGGAGGGAAGAUUAACGAAGUUGUCGUCAAACCUGUAGGCGAUGUAGUCGAAGCUCUACCCGAAAUGGCGGUAAGUGCUGUUGGUGGGUAUUGUAGCUUCUACAACAAUACCAAGUAUAAAGUUGAGAUCGUCUAUCAUGACAAAACCCGCACCUUGAAUCCAGGUGAGAUACAUGGUCACUUCCUUUUCAAGGGCUUCAGUGUGGACCUCGUCAUGAAGUUCACAGACACAAAGGAAGAAAAGAUCAAUUUCCCCGCAACCAAGUAUGAAAACCGCACGCACGAAAUGGGCAGGAUUUUCGAAGAUAAAAUCAAAGCGUAUGAAAUGUCACUGGUAAACGUAAUUAGUGGCUUCUCCAAGUGGCAUCUCAUUCUGAACCAUCCCGGUGGCUAUGACGAGGAGGUUGAAGUAGAAAUGAUCUCGAAGAACAGCUGGAGGAGCAUGCAGGAGAAGGGAGUUGAAAUUGAAGCAAAAGUGAGCGGCAUGAUUAAGGCAGUCGAGUCGGGCUUGUCAGCUAAAGCCUCCAUAAAGGUGACCCGGGUUGAUGAAUUUAAAGGGCAGACCACCGAGAAAAGAAAACGCAAAUUUAAAGACCCCUGCUACCUGUGGCAAGAGAUUGUUGUCAUCAAAACAAACCAGGCGUCACCCUUUCACGAGUUGCUGAUCCCCACAGCUCACAUAGAGCAGACGUCCACUCCUAUUGAACCAGGGAGAGACAAGUUUAUUUACGAUCGCAAAGGAGAUGGCUGAGGAUAACUGAACAUGUUUUUUUAUUACUUUCUUUUAAACCAAAAUAGAGCAGUUUGACAACUAAGUUAGUGCUAAAUCGGACGUUUAAAAGAGAAAAACAAUCGGUUCCUUCUUGGUAUAUAUAGGAGACACAGAACACGUCAAGAAAGAACGUCGCCCCACGAGCCUAUUGUUUUCUUUGUACACCUCGUUCUUCUGUCAUUUUGUUCUCUAUUGUUUUACGUCUUCUACAUCAAGUAGAUGCAUAAAAAUCCUCAGCUGUUUUCCAGCUUUUGGAGCCAAAAAGAAGCACGGUCUUUACAUUUGAGUCACUUUGAUAGUCUCUUGCUUAAAAAGCUUUAUUUUGGUACUAAGGGUUAUAGAUAGAUAGACUGGAUACGCUUUUUAGAAGAAGCUACUUUUUCAUCAUAAUCGAUAAGACCAUCAACAAAAGUGUUGGGACGAAUUUUAGGGUAUGUUUGGGAUCUAUUUGAUAUUUGCUCAACUGGCAUUGUUUUCAUUUGAUAUUUACUCAAGCGACAUUUAUUCAUAUUUGAUUAACUCGGUAUUUUAUUCAUUCAAGAAUUUCCCCUGCCAUCGAUAGAACUGAUUAUGACGGGACAUAUUCCCUGAUAUUCUUUCAGUACUUCGGUUUGCUUUUAGGAGAGGAUUUUUCCUAUUUCUAUUAUUAUGGGUUCGUUUUUGGGGAAUAAAAUAUAUCAAUCGGGUAUUUACUAAGCCUUAGCAGUGUGUAAACAAUGCUUAAGGGAUCAUAUUAGGGACUUAUCGUGAAAAUUAUCAAAGGGUUAAUAAACCACCAACAAAAGAAAUAUGUUCUUUUAAGAAACGUUCGGAACUCCGUUCUAUGUUAAUUUAACCAACAAUCAAAGGUUAAACGAAAAGAAAACAUCGAAAAGAUGCUAAUAGCUUUUAGAGGAAACUCGUUUGUGGUUUAUUUACUUUUAGAUAAUUGAUAAUAUUUACUCGAUAUACACUUAUCUAGAUUAUGAGAGUCUUGUGUGUUUAUCGUAGCUAACUCUGUCUCAACAGCUUUUCUUUAUGUUUUGGCUUACAAAAGAUUUUACAGCACCAGAACCAUGUUAGAACUGUUCAUAUGAAUGUUCUGGAAUUUGGGUUAUUUUAACUUUAGUUAACGAUUUCGUAAUGUCUUCGGACGACCUACGCUUAACAUCAAUCUUAUGACUAAACUCUGAGAAACGAUUUAGCUGGACACAUUCUACAAAAACGUAUUUCUUCGAUCAUUAUCGAAGUUUACUUUAAUCUGCGAAUCAGGGCAAACAACCAAACUUCAACGAACUCUAUUUCCGUUGCCAUUUACGUUACUUUCAUUUAGGAAAC